GAAAAGGGUAGGCUUUUUCUAGAAGAUAUCUAUCAUAAAAAUCGUUCGUGCAUUAGCAUUCUAUUUGACCUCGCAGGGAAAUCAUUUGUAAUCUAAAUUUAAAGUAAGCGCAUCAUGUCGAAAAACCGCUGCCUAGAACCAAUGGAUCAGCGUUUGUCCUCGAAGCUGCCACAGCUGAGGGCAAGUGUGACGCCAUAUCGCCCAAAGCCGACACUUACGCGGUCAGAUUCUCCCAAGCUGGAGAACGACAAGCGCAAUGGCCUGGAUAUCCAGCUGCCCGAGGAGGAGUACGAGAUGGCCGUGAAGCGGGUGCGAUGGGCUCCAACAUACGGAUCGAGGAGCUCGAGUGAGUUCACAGACAGACCUGCCUCAUAUAUCACUCCACGAAGCACCAAACAGAUUCAAUUCGACGCGGACACCCCCGACGAGGUGCGACUGGCCCAUGAGCUGCGUCUGGCUGUUCAUCGUGGUGGUGGCUCCAUCGAUCCCGAGCGAAAUUCAGAGCUGAGAGUUCGCCUGUCUCCUAUGCAGUUGCCCUACAGCCGGGUGCAGCGAAUCCUGCGAGAGUGCGAGCUUUACGAGCGGAAUCAGACCACCUACAUCCUGCCCAUAGACUACGGCCGCCAGGCUGUGGGGCUGAUUUGCAAAGCCAGGACUGAUAAUCUCAGUGACCUGAGGCUUCGAUUGUCAGUCAUACUAAGGCAGCAUAAAGCUCGCUUCGUCAAUCGCCAUUUGUUCAAAGAAGCUGGCUUCAUAGAAGCCGUUCUCCCGGACAAGGUGCUGUUGAGCCUCGAGGACUUCAAUCAGACCCUGCAAACAGAUGCCUUGUGGUGCAAGGCCACGAGUGUCACCACAAACAGCUACGAGAAGGGCACCGUCACCUUUCAGUGUGCUCCACUGGACCUGCGCGAGGUUAAAGCCAAGCUCAGGGAUUGUGGCUACAAGAUCACUCACUCCGAGCUGGGGCACAGCCCGAAAAAGGCGCUGGUCCAGCUCCCCGAGCGACAACUGAAGCGCUACAAGGAGUUCCUCGAACAGCUCCAGCAGGACCAUGAUGUUGUAAGAGUUUAUGACAAUGUGCGUGUUUAGUAAAGAAUUAGAGUUGAUAACAGAUAGG